AAACUUCAAAGUUUGCCAAAAACAGACAAUGGUUUGGAUUUUUCUGUCUCUGGUUGUUUUAUAAUGGAACCUUCAAGAAAGAGCUCACUACAGUCGAAGACUUCUCAAAAGAAAACAACUUUCUUUUUAACCGCGCAAGAAAAAGGACAAAGACAACCUAGCAACGAUUUAAAACAAGCCGGCGAACAGGAUAAGAUCAAAGGUAAAUUUGCCUCCGUUGCUCGAACUGUAUUGCUUGCAAACCGCGCUUUUCUACCGGCUGUUGGACGGAAAGUAGGCCAUGGUCAGAAUUCAGGCGUGAUCCCGAAUUACCAGGCAGAAGUGCCACUUGCAAAGUUUACAAGUUCCAAUUUAGCUGCGGCAAAUUCUGUCGACGACAACUCUUCUCUGUAUCUCGGGGAAAAAGCGAUGAUGGAAAACACAUAUAAAAUGAAACCCGACAAUUUCUUCUUGACUGGAAAAGCGGGCGAGAUCAUUCGUGACGUGUUGGAGGGGCACUUGAGAAGCAAGUCGUACAUUGCAGAAGAAAGCAAGAGGUUAUCAGUUGAGAUAAGCGAGGAGAUUAAAAGAAAAGUGAAGGCAGAAGCGCCUGUGAAAAGGUAUAAGUUAGUUUGCAUAGUUUGGAUUGGUCAGCAGCUCGGUCAAGGUGUUCAUAUCACCAGCAGAUGCUUAUGGAAUGCCCAUUUUGAUAAUUUCGCGCAGGAGUCGUACGGAAACGAUCACCUUUUUGCACAAGCGUCGAUAUUUGCUGUUUUUGUGGAGUAAAAUUGGUAGUUAAUACAUUGUCUGUCUAGGCUCUGUUUAGUUACUUUGCUGCGUUUUACGCUGGCAACGCAGGCGCGGGCCUGGUAGCGGGUGGAACAGAAAUAUCCCCCGUCCCCUUCCCCCUCAGUAUCUUUAGAAGUAUGAUCGAUUUUGCCAUUAUUAUGGUUUGUAUAGCACCCGUAGUUGUUGCCUGCCAGAAUCAAUUACCAACACUUUAGAAACGCCAUCUUGGUUUAAAAAAAAUCAGUGUUUCCAAAAAUCGGAUAAAAACGCUAAAACCGUUGACGAAGAAGUCAAAAUGUACUAAGACUGUAAACAGAGUGAGCUCUUCUGAAACCUGAAGUAACGUGAAUAUAAAUUUGGGUGGAGAAGCUUGUGAAAAUACGGUUACCAUGGAAAU